GUUGUAAAAAAAUACAACGGCCAAAGAUCUUAAAAACAUUUUUGCAUGGUAAAAUUUUCAAAAUGUCAAAGUUUGUACCACAUUUUCCCAACAUUAGUGAACUUGUUCUGAUACCUAGAUGUUUUCAAUCGGAAGUUACAAUUGCAAAUAAUAGAUACAACUGCGCAAAGCUUGCUGCGGUUUGUUUGUUGCUCAUUCGAACACAUUUUAAUAAUCAAAUACCAUUAUAAAAAAAAAAGAGAUAACAACCUUCGCAGUUUUGUUCGUUAUUCAUGUUCUCGUUUCGCUUACAAUUUAGCGUACGCGUCCCCUAGAUUCGGGUGGGCAAUUCAACAACCAUCAGCUGACAACUGCGGCAUUUGCUUGUUGAUUACUCAGCGAAAGAGACCAAUUUCAUAAUUAUAAUCCACACAGAGGCACUAGGCAUUGACUGUCUGUUUAUGAAAUAUAUACGCAUCAAAGCUUACCGCACCUUGAUGUAUACGGUGUAUAACCCAUGCAGAAAAGGUUGCUGAAGCAACAGAAAUGUGAAAUCAUUGGACCAAAAGAGUCAACAACGAAGCCGGUAGUGUAACUACUAUAACCUAACUCAUUCGCCAUCUAGUAUGUGUGUUUUAUGUAUUUAUUUAGGUGCCGGACAUAUGUGACUUAUGGUGGACUUCUUGCAUAGGAAAGAAGGAAAAAAAAUGAAAAUCAACCCACAGCUAGUUGAAGUGGCGUUGAAUUUUUUUUUUUAUGGAUAAAGCACAUCGCCGCCGUAAUGCAUCGAUUGCCGUCGCAUGCAAACUCGUGAUUUGACCACCCAAAUUCCUUUUCCGAUGUUUGUGAACGGCCGCCACACUCAUUGGGUGUGCUAGUGAAAAAUUAUCAGUGGACAAUUCAUUCAUUAGAUUUUCCCAGUGAAUGAUGAUGGUGAGAAGAUCGAAUCAGAAAUGGGGCGUUUUUGGAUGAAAUGUUGAACAAAUUGCAAUAAUUGUGUGUGGUGUGUGUUUUGUUUAAGUUCGCCUUAAAGCGAGUUUGUAGUGAUAUAAUUCGGAAACCGUGCCAAUAUCGAUCGGUUUUUCACGGGGUGUGGGAGUAGUGAGGGCGUCUUCUACUGGUGGUGUAGGCUUGGCAAAAAUGGUUUCCCUGUCGGAAGAUUUCAGUGGCAUUCAAAGAAAGAAUAAAUUCCUGCCUCAAUUGGCAAGAAGAUUGGGAAUAGGGAAAAAUCGAAACACGUCCAAGUAUGGGCCGGAUUCGGAAGAGGAAGUUUGUCUGCGGAAGAAAAUGGUGUCGUUUGAAUGCAGCACCGAAGAUGGGGAAAAUACAGGUGGGGGCACAUUCAAUGGGAAUCGGCCGUCCAGUUUGCCGUUGAUAAUUCGGCACUCUGAUUCGCUGAGAGGUACCACGGAUGUCACGAUGCGAGAUGAGAGAGCGAUUAGUAUUGGCGGUGAUCCAACUGCCCGGCUGACAUCUAUUCUAAAAUCUGGACCCAACCAGGUGCCUCUCAUCAGUAUAUCUGCUGAUCCGACUAUCAAAGGUCGGAUUAAUCGACCGAUCGAUGAGUGCACUAAUAGCUCUGGCAACGAGUCUUCCUCUUCGCCAUUUAAACGAGGCUCAUCGUUUCGGCAAAGUCUGAACUACCUCUUCAAACGAAACCGUGGAAAACUGAAAGAUCGAUCGUGUACCAGCGACAGUGAUUCCAAUGCGGUUUUGGAGCUGGAUGAGGACAACCUGAUCGAUGCUCAAAACAAAACUCAACUCCUCGAUGCCUUUCUACCGGAAAAAGUGCCUAGUAAACGUGCCAGCACUGGCGAUAUUUUUGAAGAUAUUGUUAUUCAGUUGAACGAAGAUUUCGGAGUAAAAAAUAAGACUCAUCGGCGCAUGCACUCGGACUCACUUUCCAUCGGCGCUAAUAACCCAACAAAUAGAGACAACGAUAGAUCUACUAGCAGCGUUGGCCUGGGCUACCGUCCGCUACCAUUAUCGUCCACAAUUGAGCCGCUCAGCUCUGAUGCUGCUAGCCUCCAGAACGGCAGUCAACUGUCACGCAGUCCAAGCCACAAUAGCUCUGGGAAGAGCGAACAAAAAUCGUUAAAAUCAUUAUCGUCUUCGCCGCUGGCGGCAUCACCGAUACCCAACACGAUAAGAAGUUCUAGCCCGUACCCGUUGAAGUCCUCCAGUGUUCGGAGCGAUGCGACUGUCGAGAAGUUCGAGAAGCCCGAGAAGGAAAAGAAGAAAAAAGAGUUUAACAGCUCCCGGCAGAAAAAGUUUUCCCGGCAUUUUACGCAGGUCGAAGAUGAAAAGGUGUUGAACUAUUUCUCCUGUGCUUUGGUUGGCGACAUUCUUUUGCAAGGUCACCUUUACAUUACACAAAACUAUUUUGCAUUUUAUUCCAAUGUGUUUGGUUACGUAACCAAGCUCUUGAUUCCCACUGUGUCGGUGAUAAAGAUCUCCAAGGAAAAGACGGCCAAAAUGUUCCCGAAUGCGGUCGGUGUGACCACUUGUGAUGAUCGACACGUUUUCGGAAGCUUCAUGAGCCGAGAGGCUGCCUAUCGGUUGAUGUGCAGCGUUUGGCGACCCGUAGCUCCACCCCAGAUCGAGGAACCAUCGAUCGCACAGAAGGCCCCGGACGUUGAGGUCUCCGAAUGCUCGGCCGAGGAUGACAGUAGCUGCUCAAUUAGUGGUAACGAAAGUUCUUCCCAUGUAAAAGAUAAAAAGUCUGACGUAGUUGAUUCCGGUGACUCUACCAACGAUAAGCUUACUAUAACAGAUGGCGCUAAGCGGCCCCACGAUGGCCCUAAAAGUAUUAAAUCAGUUCAAAAGGAGAUCAUUAUCAAAUCCCCGGUCGCACUGAUAGCGUCUGCAGCAAUUUUGAAACCAACUGGCAAUGUCGCUCUUAAAGAGAAACCCAGCUUUAGUGAUAUCCCCCAUCAGAACAGUAGUAAUAGUAAUAGUAGAACUGAUAACAACAGCAUUCUGACAAGACUUAGACAUAGGCUACAACCAAUAUUUCCCUCCGAUUUUGGCGUUAUACAUGUAGGAAUUAUACUAGCAAUGUUCCUUGCACUCUUUUCUUGUUUUCUGAUGUACAAAAUACACUACCUGCAGUCGCGCAUCUAUAAUUUCAACCACUUUCGUUUGGGAGAAGAAGACAACAUGGACGUCUAUGUGGAAGUUUUAAAAUGGCAGAAACAAAUGCAAGAUAGAAGCACCGAGGAAGCUCAAAUAGUUCUCAACUCCAACCUGGAACAAAUAGCCAAGGUACGCAAAAGCUUGGAAACAUUAUCCAUCUUGCUGCAUGAUUCCACCAAAAAGUACGACAUCAAUCUGGGCAGUGAUCGUGGAGCUCAGGUGCCAGGCGGUUCCGUGGUGGUGGAAAAUUCCGGCACAGACUAUCUCUAACGUAGCCCCACUGUUGAUGUUUUACCUACCAACAACAACAAAAACAACAACCCUAGAGCGUAGCAUUUGAAUUACACAUAUAAUUUGAAUGUUGUCACUUUUUUGCUGUUUCAAAUGAUUUUUAAUUGUUGUCGAUCCACUUAUUGGGCAGCCAAAUUUAUGCUACACAAAAGCGGUUCUAGAUAGUUGUCCGUACAACUGUUAGUUUAAUUUAUUGUCCGUGAUAUUUAAUUUUAAGUAUUUAUUCGCCGGAACUCUAGGUUUGCAUUUAUCGCUUAAGUGUAAGGGAAAAAUUGUGUAAAUGGAAUGAAAGUAUGUAUCAUGAUUGGGUGAUUGGAAGAAAAGUUAACAGACAUGUAAAAAAGACAGCUGGGAGGGCAUAAGCAAAAAGAAGCAAAAACAAAUUAAUCACUAACAGCCAAGCUGAUAGAAACAAUGCUUUUGAAGUAUACCUUGAUUAGUGGAAAGGAUUAAACAUCAAACUAGUCAUAAGCAUAAAGUAAGUCACUGUGAAAAUUGCUUCAGAGAUUCGUUUUGUAAUUGUUUAUCAAGUUUAAGCAUGAAUUUAUUUUGAUAAUAUAAACCAGGAACUUUUUUUUUUCAAUAAUUGUGAUUAGAAAGUUGUGUCAAAUUUUAUGUCAAUUUUUGGACUAUGGACUGGAUGAGUGAAUGUAAUUGAUACAUUAUUUGAAAACAUCCAUAUCUGAAAAUAAUCAAAAAUGUCCACUAUUUUACUCAAAAUUGUAUGUCCUCUGUUCAGGUUCUACAUUUUAAAAUAGGAUAUUCUCGCUGUUCAGGCCAGGGACAUUUUUCGUUGGGAAGAUUGUUAAAAUUGUAGACAACAAUAACACGUCGGUUCAAUUUUCAAAAAAACGAUUAUUGAUGUUGCCAAUUCGAGAUUUAUUCGAGUGCAUGUCUGUGAUAGGGCAAAGCGAGAAUAUGUAUGAGAAAAACAACCAGAUGGCAUUUGAUUCCAAUCUAUAUAAUUCUUCAAAGCAAUUGGUGUAUGCAGCAACAGCAAUGAUGGGAUCUUAUCGGAAUGAUGGGUUUAUGGUUUUAAACUAUUAAAACAGCUAGGUGUACUGGACUAUUUUUCGGGUUUAUUCAGGAACUCUCCGAUUUAGUUUAAUCUUAAUCUGAAGAUAAUUUUUUGUUACUCAUUUGGUUAAGGCUUUAGCAUUCACAGUGGUACUUUAUUAAUAAAUAUGAAAUGAUUUUGGAUUGAUAAA